UAAUAAGGCAAGAAUGUAUCAAUGUUCACAUUCCCUUUAUUAACACUAUGUUUAUAUGUAAAGCAAAGUCAGGCUCUUCUUUUGAAAAGGCCUCAAGUCAGAUUUUGGGCUGUGCUGCAUAGAGAAGAGACACUCUGACAGGAACCCAAAGCUCUAGUUAAUAAUUGACUAGUCUGUCAAAUUUAUGGAAUACAGUGAUGCAGUCAGACAGCAUUUCCUUCUCUCCCUGAGCCAAGACACACUUCACAUGAACAUGCACCCCUGUCACAGCUCCUACAACAGGUCUCCUCUCAUCUCAGAGAGCCAGGGUCAGGGUCAAGCACAAGGCCAGCACAUGGGCAACAGAGAGGACCUCUCUCAGUCAUGUAUACUUGCGGGCAGCAGGGACCUUCACUGCCCUGUGUGUUUACAGCUAUCCACAUUUCCUGUGGAGACAAACUGCGGCCAUCUAUUCUGUGCUCCUUGUCUGAUAUCUUACUGGAAGCACGGCUCCUGGUUAGACGCUAUCAGCUGUCCAUUGUGCAGACAGAAGGUUAGUGUAAUGAAUCAUCUCUUUGGUGAGAGCAGAGUGGACAGGAAGCAGAGAGAGGUGUUGGGCCACAUAAGAGAUUAUAAUAAACGCUAUUCUGGAGCACCACGAAGGGUGAGUGAUUACCUGUGUGAUGCUCCUCUCUUCCUGCUGCUCUCGUUGCGGACUCUGGGGAAUAUGGGAGGACUGGUGUGGCUCUUCCUGCUGAGGGUGGCAGUGUGCGGGUUUGGGGCGGCCGCCUCACUUGUCUCUCCACUGGAGGCCAUGUCUGGACCCGUCAAUGGGGCAGUGGGGCUUCUAGAUGACCUGGUUGUUGUCUUUCUCCUCCUCAUCUCCAUUUUUAACAUCCACCAGCAGAUGGCCUCAGAGAGGACGACCAGAACACAAACUGUUACACAUGGAAUUCUGACAGACACGCUGUAAAGCAGAGGACAAAGUACACUGCACAGCAGAUAAGCAUGAUGAGUGAACUCUGGCAGUAAAGGGGACAUAUUGAACUGCUGCACAGAGAAGGUUAACAGCAGGGAGGCUUUUUAAGCCACAAACUGUGUUGUAAUAAAGAAUAACACAGAGGUCAGUUUCAAAUGACAUCUACACUCUAUUUACAUAUUGCACUACCUACAACCUUCUGAUUGGACUGAAACAUCAAAUGAGCAGAAAGUGGGUGUAGAACUUUUAAGAAAGGUGAUGUUUUUAUGAAAUAUGAAAUGUUUAAGAACACAGCAGGACCAGUCAGCCCUUAUAACUACUAUAUUACUGUUGUCGGAAGAAAACCUCUUAUCUCCAAAAUGGUAACUUUACAGGAGAAGGAAAAAACCAUAUCUACUUUUAAUGCAAGUCAAUGGAACAAGAUUUUUUUCCAGGUAAUUUUAACCCAUUUCUUUUGGUCCAUUCUUAAUGAAAUUUACACACAAUGUAAAGGGCAACAGCCACUUUCAAAUUAUGUCAAAAACUGAAAAAUGACAAAAAUGGAGAUGCAAGGUUUUCUUUAGACAACAGUGACAUGUGGGUCUGGAAACAGUAACUGUAAAGAUCUGCUUUGUCCUAAUAAUUCUAGGAUUUAAUGAAUGCACAAAGACCGAUGGAGUCCUUAGAAUUGAGACUUAAAACAAAAACUGCCCUUUUCUUCAGUUUACUCAGCUGGUAUAUUGUCAGCAUUUAUUUAUAUGCUGAGGGUCUUGUGUACAGUAUGUUUUCAUUUUUGGUGUGAAUGAAAUCUUUUUAAUUCCUUUUUGCCUAACUGAUGUUCUUCCAAUGUACAGUCUCUAAUAUAGUAAUGUAUAGUUUACCUUCAUUGCUGUACAUUAUUCAUUGUGUAGCCCCAGCUCUUAAGCAUUUUUAUUUUUAAUAUCUCCCUAGAGCUGACCACCAUGAAAAAUAUUAAGGCAACAAUCCUUAUGCCUCCCUUGGGUGCAACCAGGAAUCAUCAAUAUCUUUUUAAUGUACACAAUGUAAAUAUUGUAAAGUGUUUAAUAAAGACCUAUUUAUCAAACUUA